UCUCUCUCCCUCUCGCGCGCCAGCUCAGUCCGUAUCUCCGUCGGUCUGAGUCCUCAGCGCUGGCAAGGGAUAAUAAACUGCCUUUCCGCAGCAAUACGUGGUCACCGGAACAGCCCGCAACAGAGUGGACUUUCACAGAAGAUUUGGGUGUUUUGAAUGCAGGGUCUUCUCUGGUCGGUUGUGAAGAUCUAAGUAAACAAAGCUGUUACUGUGGCAUAACUGACCUUUGGAUCUGAAAAGUGGCAGCAGAGUCCUACUAAAACAAGAAGCCUCCGGAACCAUCCAAAAUAUCCUAUAUACAGAGAGGAGUUCAAAUUAUACCUUGAAUGCUGAUUUAUUAGAGUGAAAAAAGAUCCAAAGACUGACAGACUGAAAACAUUGCUCAGCGGCUCAAAAAGGGAGCAGUCAAGAAGUCAAAGACCAUGAGUUACAGCUGUGGCAAGCGACGCUAUAAACCUAAAACACGGACCACGUAAAAUGGGGACUAUGUUUGGCAUUAUGGUCCCUAAACAGCUGUGACUGCCCUCAAGACACUUUUUCCCCAGAACCUGUCUUUCUAAUCCUAUUGGCCGUCCAUCUCCUGUGAUCAUUUUUCUUAUUUUGAGCCCUUACCUCUUUCGUUUCCCACCUUGAUCAAAACAAAUCCAGUUUUUACUCCAAAAUGGCCUGCAGUUUCAGCUUAACUUGUGCUUUUCUGCCCUCCUUUCUCAUCCUCUCUCUUCCUAUUUGUCUCCUUCUCCAUGUACCUUCUUUUGUGAGGGGUGACUGCUGGCUAAUUGAGGGGGAUAAAGGCUACGUGUGGCUGGCAAUCUGCAGUCAGAACCAGCCUCCAUAUGAGACAAUCCCACAGCACAUUAACAACACCGUCCAUGAUUUACGGCUGAAUGAGAACAAGCUCAAAGCAAUUUUCUUCAUCUCCCUCAGCCGAUUCACCAACCUUACCGACCUCAACCUCACCAAGAAUGAAAUCUCCUACAUUGAGGACGGUGCCUUUGCGGGACAGGCCAAUCUACAGGUCUUGCAGUUGGGAUAUAACAAGCUAACCAACCUCACUGAGGGGAUGCUGCGAGGGUUGGGUCGAAUGCAGUGCCUGUAUCUGCAGCAUAACCUUAUAGAGGUAAUUGCAACCAAUGCCUUCUGGGAGUGCCCAAGCCUUAGCAGUCUCGAUCUUUCCUCUAACAAAUUAGCAAAGCUGGAUUCAUCCACCUUCAGCAUUUUGGGAGGGCGGCUAAUAGUGUGUGAACUGGCUGGAAAUCCUUUCCAUUGUGGCUGUGACUUGUACGACUUCCUUACCUGGCUAGAGGCAUUUGACAACGUCACUCACACAUAUGACAGGCUCCAGUGUGAGACCCCAAAAGAACUUUUUGGUUACCCUCUCCUAAACCCUAGAGGUAAUCAUGGAAGAAAUGCUCGGUCUUUCCUGUCAUCCAUGUGUAAAGAUGGAGUGACUGUUAGUGGCAUAACUGCCCUGCCUCCUGACAUGGACUCUUCUGGGAUGGGGAUAGAUAUUUAUGAUCCGAUGGGACGAUAUCACCAGCCCACAGCUUCCUCAACCACAGACCCCACAUACAGCCCUACCAUUAAGUUGCAAACGGUCUCCCUCUCUUCCGCAUCCCUCUUGGUUCAAAUACCCAAGCCCUACAGUAAGAUGUAUAUUCUAGUGCAGUACAACCACACCUAUGUGUCAGAUGUCAUGAACUUAAAGAACAAGAAAGAGAUUGUCAGACUAAACAAUCUAAAGCCCCACACAAAUUACACCUUUUGUGUUGCCUCCAUUCGCAAUUCCCAGCGAUACAAUCACACUUGUCUGUAUUUUGCAACUCGGGCUCCAGGGCCCGAUGACUUGCAAGCAAUCCCUUCUACCACCACCCAUUACAUUAUGACCAUUCUAGGCUGCCUGUUUGGGAUGGUCAUUGUGUUGGGUUUGGUGUACUACUGCUUACGUAGGCGUCGAAUGCAGGAGGAAAAGGAAAAGUCUAUUAGUGUUAAGAAAACUAUCUUAGAGAUGCGCUAUGGGCCAGAAGCAGCUGCUGCAGCAGCCAAGGAUCCUUCAACCUUGCAAAAACUCCAUGACCAGUCCCAUCAUCAACACCACCACCAUGGCAAGUUGUCCCAGUCAGCAUCCUCCAGCUUGGGCGUCCUUCAUAGUUCAGCCAACACCACCUCUUCUCGACUUUCUUCCCUUCCACAGGUGGAGAAGAUGGCUACAGCUUUCUCAGAGGCCAUGGUCACCAAUAAGGGCAACUACAUGGAUGUAAGAACAUCAGCAGGAGGGGAGGACAGAGUAAGAGAUGGACUUGUAACAGGGUCAGGGAAUGAAAUCACAAGGGAUGAAAAUAGGAUUAAUGGAGGAGAUGACUCUGAUGAUGAUGGCAGAGAUUCAACAUCGGAGAUCUCUACCAUUGCCAAGGAGGUGGACAAGGUAAAUCAGAUUAUCAACAACUGCAUUGAUGCACUCAAACUAGACUCUGUAGCUGUUGUGGCAGCAGUUGCGGCCACUGCAACUACAAUGGAUAACACUGCCUCUCCACCACCUCCUAGUGUCCCUUCAUUAGUCAGGGGGCUAAUUCCACUUUCCCCUACCAUCACAGAGACAUGCCAUAUCAUGUCAUCCCCUAAAAUCCUUCCUCCACCCCCUGUUCCUCUUGUUUUGCCCCUUUCUGAGCGGCCCGGCAUCAGCGGAGGUGGGUUUCUCUCCCCUCCCUACAGGGACCCACCCCCAGCUACAGCAUCACGGCCAUUGCAGAGGCAACUCAGUGCAGAUGCUGCAGUUGUUCCUAUCAACUCUGUCAAAAAUCGCUGCAGCGUUUCUUCCGGUGGCUCUGUAAAAAGUGCUCUGGUCUUCAGUCUGGAUGUCCCAGACCCUCGAAGCACAGAGUCAUGCAAGUACCCUGAGAAAGGCAGCCCUGUCCGGUGCGGGGAGCCACUGGAGAGGUUGCCCUUAAUAGGGGUUCAGGGAGUCAGUAAUGGCAGAGGAGAUGGUGGCAGUGGGGGUGGAGGGGGAGCCGGUGGUGGCAGUGGUGGUUCGGGUGGGUGUGGUGUUGUGGUCGGAGGUGGGGGCAGCACAGCUCAGCAGCACCACUUGGAGGUGCACCCAGACUACCACUGCUCAGAGCACCGACACUCCUUCCCCGCCCUCUACUAUGAGGGUGCCACUGACUCCCCUGCCCAGAAAGUCUCCUUUCUAAAGCCUCUCACUCGCACCAAGAAGGACACUGCCUAUUCACAGCUUUCUCCCCGCCACCACAAUUACUCAGGGUAUUCCUCUAGCCCUGAGUACUCCUCUGAGAGCACUCUUAAAAUCUGGGAGCGCUUCCGACCAUACAAGAAAAGCCCCCGUGAAGAGGCCUACAUAGCUGCUGGCCAUGCUCUUCGAAAGAAAGUGCAGUUUGCAAAGGAUGAGGAUCUCCAUGACAUUCUGGACUACUGGAAGGGGGUGUCAGCACAGCAGAAACUGUGAUGCUUAGGAGAGACAUGACAGCAGGAGGAGAGGUUUUGGAAAGAAGAACCGAUGACUCUUGAGACAGCUCGGCAGACUCCAUCAGCAGGUGCUUUGGUCCCUAUAGGCCACCACAGAGACAAGUGUUCUAAAAGAGACAGAAUUAAGCAGGUGUUCCAAGCUCAUUAAGGCAUAGAUAAGCAACCAACCAGAAAUGCAGAGGAAUGUGGCACUUAAAAAGACAUCCAAUUUCAGUUUAGAAUCCCUCCAUUUUACCUUGUGUACCACCUAUGCUCUCUUGCACUGUAGUUUGACAAGAUAAUAGUUUUAAAUGAGGAAUUAGUGGUUUUAUUUUAUAAAUGCCUGAAUAUAAUCUCGAGAGAUGGUGGUAACUGAUGCUUGUCAAGAUGAUUGUUUUAAGAUGUUAAUUAGUAUGAAGGAUAAAAGAAAAUUUGUGAAUUUCGCUUGGCUGAAGCCACAGGUCAAAACAUGGAUACCAUGUUCACUUUCAUUCCCUAAUGUUUGCUCAAGCAAAGCAUAUUCAUUGAUUUGAGACACCUACACAAAUUUUACACAGCAUGUGUGGGACACAGUUAUCAAACCAGAAGCAGCCAUUUGGACAUGCUUUAUAUUCAAGCAGUGUGGCAAUUCGAUAAAACACACAAUGUUAAUUCCUUUUUGGCGUUCAUUUGUGGCACAGCCAGCCCAAGACAUUUUUCUCUUCAUUUGUACUCUCUUGCCAGUUUUUAUUCUAAGAAUGGAAAUAGUUAAAUGAGGUUUUAGAAUGGAAGCUUUGUCUCAAUUAGAUUUUACAAGUGGCAGCUAGAUAUAGACCCAGAGUAGUAAUAGGCUGGAAUACACAAGGUUUACAGUUGUGUAUUAAAUAUUGAGGCAUGUUACACAAAGAGUUUGCUUUGUUUAGCCUGUUGGGAGGCAAAAUGCCAAAGCUUAACUGAAUGACACACUUUCAUAAAAUGCCAAACCUAAUUUGGAAGCUAUAAUUUCAUGAACUGUUAAACAUAUACUUUCAUAAUAACUGUGGUGCUGGUGUUUGAGUAAAACUUUUCAAUGACCUAUUAAGUUUAUCACGGGCACAGGAAACCUUGAACAGGCUUCACAUGUGUAAAAUACUUUUUUUUUUCUUUUCUUUUUUUCUGCCAUUGAUUCCACAGAAUCAGAUGCCAUAUUUGCAUUUCAAUGAUUAAUUAGUCAGGUCUUCUUUCAUUGAAUAGUAUAGCAGCUCUGCUGUUAUUUAUCCUUAUUGAUCUGUCCUUCUGUUUCCUGUUAUAACCCACUUUCCUUGACCUAAUGUCAGCUGUGGUCAAACUAGGGAUGAGAUGAAACAAAUUCAAUUAUUUCUCACAUCUCAUUUUUUAAGACCUUGUUAUUGUCCUUGCAUGGCUUUAUAGGGAAAAAUUAAUUAGUAAUUUGACACAGAGGAGUCAAGAGGUCACAGAGGUGCUAAUAUUAUUAACACUGCCAGAUUGGAGAAGUGAUUGAAAUUAAUCUCGUCCUUUCCGGUCAGGUCAUCACCCAGAAUGCAUCCCUGGAGUUUUGCUGGUUCGCCCGUGGCAAUAAAAGGCAAGCUAAAGCUCUUCUUCUUUAGAGCAAUUUAUUGGCUUAAAAAAUACACCUCAAGCUCUUCAAAAUAGGCCUCUGGGCUUUGAAAUUUCAAACAAAGGCAUUUUUGAUGACCAACGUUAGCAUUUGUUAUUAAUACCAUAUGGUUGACAUCCACUGGGUUCUCACAGCAUUGACUGCAAACAUUAUUAGAAUUCAACCUGUACAUGGAAAUUGAUUUUUCUUUUACAGUCACAUUUGGCCAGCGUUGAAACUUAUGAACUCUCAGCAUGCAUCAAUAAUAUGUCACAUCAUCCUUCAAGGUUCAAAAUCAAUGCUCGGUAAUUGAGAAUUGACACCGUCAAGUCAAAAUCCAGAGGUUUGCCUUUUGAGCGAUUUUACUAAAACCUCUCAGGGGGAAUUCCAGAUUGCACUCAGUCACAGUCUAUGAGAUCAAAAGACAAGAUGAACGUUUAGUAAUUCGUUACCCCGUUAAGAAGCUAUAUUAAUGCUUCAGCUAAUGUUUUGUUUUUGUUGUGUAUAUCUGUUUAGAAUAGUGCGAGAAGAUAUGAAUAUCACUGACAAAUGCAGACCCAUAGCUAGAGCUUGCAACAAAAUGACAAACCCACACAUACAUAUAUUCCACUAUCAUAAGCUUUCUUGAAAUCUCAUUUAUUCCUAUUUAAAACUCAAAAAGUUAUUUUCCCCCCACUAUUUUCCUAAAUUCAGUAAGUAGAUGAGUUUUCUAAACAGCCUCAAGGCUUGCAUUAUUGCACUGUGGUUGGGAGAUAACAAGCUAAGACAAUUGGAGAGAAAUUAUUAUGCUCUUGGAAUGUUUUAAGUAUAAGUACAUUGUUGGCAUAUGGGAAUGACAGUUAUUUGUGGUUUGAUUUCCUGCUGAUAAGUUUUUGGAAACGUGUGUGUAUGGUCUUAAAGAUAUACAAUGUUGAUCAGAUGUAACUGAUGGCUGACUGUGAAAACUGUGACAAAUACAACCAACAAGAGAACAAUCUAUACUUACAAUGGUUACACACAAUAUACUGUAUGUACAAGUAGUAUUAGAUUUCCAAUGGGUAUGUCCAAUGAAAACAAAAUCGCUGUAUGUGUACACGUACAUAAAAACACACACAUAUACACAAAGGUAUAUGCAGACUCUACAAUCUACACUUACUGUAUAAGUUUACAGACACAUAGUCUUAAAAGUGCCCACCUGGCACUAAAACAAAAGUGUUUCUUUUUUUUUUUUCUUUUUUUUAAAGGACGGUGCCAAACAUUUGUAACAAUGUAACUGUUAUUUAUUUGUCAAAGUAACAUUGUUAUUUUAUGAUUCAAAUGUUGUUGUAGUUGGCUUUUAUUUAAUGUGAUUUUAAAUUUCAUAUAACACUAUAUAUUAAUUUAAUGGAUUCAUUUUUGUCCCCCAGAACGCCCUCCUGAUCAGGUGUACUCAAGGUCAAAACCCAGAUGCUUUUGCAUAAUUUUGAUGUGGAUUGUGUUUUGAUUGAUUCCCAGUUAUAUACCUUAGCUUAAUACAUCCUAAUGCUGUCCAAAUUACUAUAAUUAAUGGAUAAUUUACAUCAGGGCUGUAUUGAUUUGCAUAAAAAAGACAUUGUGCAAGUUUCCUAACUCAAGCUCAAGCUUUCUGAAUCCUCAGAAAAAAAAAGCAGUUUUUCUCACAUAAAUGCCACUGUAACUCCCACAACAUGGGUGAGUAAAGUUCCCCUCUCUGUGGUUUUACAGAGAACUAUAGUUUCAACAAUUUCCGUCCUCCCACUAAUAAAGUUUUAAGCAGAGAAAGACUUACGGCCCACAAUUCUCUGGCCUCCUACCAUCUUGUCCGUAGAGAUAGUAAGCCUUUCAGAACCAACCAUUGUCCUCUGAUGCACUUGUCAAAUUUAGUUGCAUGUUCAGAGUGUGAUGAAGCCUUUUUGCUAUUUUUCCCCUCCCUUUUUUUCUGCUUAUGUAUUGUGCCAGCGAUUUCUCUUUCAUAUCUCUAUUCCUCAUGCUCCAGCUGAGCAUUCGGCUUAUGCCCCUGAAGCCUUGAUGAAAUGAAUUUGGUGUGCGGUUAGAAAACACAGAAAUUAUUUCUUGUUUUAAUGAGCUGUAUGUACUUUUGGCUGCUUUAAUCAGGCCAGACCCACUCAAGACCCCUGAUUAGACACCAGAACGAUGAAUAAAUUGUCAUUCACACUCUCCAUGGCACCACUCUGGGUUUAAUGCAAAAAGACUCGAAUCGCAGAGCAUUCCCAACCCCCUUAUCUCGAGAUGGGUAUUAACUCUGCAGGUUAACCAAGACCUCAGAGAAGAACCCACUGUGACUGAGGAUUUGCCUGCCUUUCAGUCAAACAGUUUUUGAGUAAUAAGUGAAACGAGCCUGUGGAAGAGAGCAAAUUUAUUUAAGUGAUGGAUUGGCAUGUGUUUUAAAUAUAGCUUCAGUAAUAAGUUCAUGUUUGAUGUAGAUUGCUAAUUCAGUUUAUUCACCUUUAUGGCAGAUUUGCAUGAUUUAGAUUUUUGUUUUGUUCAGGUUUGCAAACUGCCUUGUUUUAUGUGAAAACUAUUUGAAGUUGCAGUGCACUUUUUUGGUGCAUGAUUCAUCUUCAUGUUAUACCAAAAAAAAGUAUUCAUUUAUCUUUUCAUUUAUCUUUUCGUGUUGUUUAACGUUAUCCAGCUUUUUUGUAGGAAAUGCAUCCCUUCAGAAACUUUUCUGGUAGUUAAUUCUGGAAUUUUGUUCAAAAGUUAAUGUAAGACAAGUAUACAGCUAAAUAUCAAGUAAAGGUACACUCUUAAAAAUAAAGGUGCUUCACGAUGCCAUAGAAGAACCCUUUUGUCUAAAUGGCUCCAUAAAGAACCUUUAACAUCUGUUUCACAAAAGGUUCUUUGUGGCGAAAGAAGGUUCUUCAG